AUGACAUUAUCCAGAACAGAUUUUUUUCCGCUUGGCAAGUUGAGAGAAUGGGUAACAAAUGGAAAACGAACUGUUCGAGCUUCAUAUUUAACAGAGAAUGAUUAUGAAAUUCUUCGUCAAUAUCUUGCCGAAGGAAUGCAACCAAAAUUAAAUUGGUACAAAGUAGCAAUUGAAAAUAUCGAUUGGAAUGAUGAAAAAAAUAUGGAUCCAACGAUUCAACGGCCAGUUCUCUUUAUAAAAGAAGAGUCAUUUGAUGUGUGUCCGAUCUUUUUUAGUGCAGAACAAAGCGAGUUUAUUCCAAAUUAUGAAAUGAUUGAGUUAAAUGCAGGGC